UCCCCUCUGAGCGCACGCCUGGCCUACAUCCCGAUGAGGGCUGAAUCAGAGUCCCUUUGGAUCCUGAAGCCUUUUUGAAAGGGGGUAGGUGGAGUUUCUGCUCUCUCCCCGUCCCCAGACCUGAGUUUGAUCACAGCGGUUGGGUGUUGCCACUUUCCGGUCUCCUUGCUGGCGAGUCCACUGGUCCUGGUCCCCCUUUCCCCGAACUUACACUUUUUUUUAAGCAAGUUUCAAGCCAAUUCAAAGGGAAAGAUCUCCUUAUCGUCGAAACCCUGCAAUGGAUCAGCACAAGUAUCGCACGGCGGGCGUCCAGGAGAAGCUGGAGAUCAUCGGCGUAGAGGACGAGUCCGGGAACCCCAUCAGCGCCCUGACCAUCCUGUCUCUGCUGGAGCGCGUGGCCGGCAUCAUCGACAACGUGCAGACCUGCCAGCAGCGCAUGGAGGAGCGCCAGCUGGACCUGGAGACCAACAUCAAGACCAUCCAGGGCGACGUCAUGAAGCUGGCCAAGGACCACACGGACACCAGCGGCACGGUGGAGAAGCUCCUGCAGAAGACCCGCAAGGUCAGCGCCAACGUCAAGGAGGUCCGGACCCGCGUGGAGAAACAAAACGUCCGCGUGAAGAAGGUGGAGACCACGCAGGAUGAGCUGCUCACCCGCAACAAGUUCCGCGUCGUCAUCUACCAGGGUGAGACCGAGAUCCCAUCUGUGGCCGUCACUAAGUCCUCCAAAGGAUGCGGCCUGGACGGGGUGGAGAUUGAGCCGGACUCUUACGACGUCCCUGCAGACCUCUCCCCCAAAGAGGAGAAAAUGAGGGGGAAGGAGGACCCCCGCGAGCGCAAGCUAAAGAAGUCCGGGGGAAGAGCACGGAAAAGGCCUAAAGGGGCCCGCCUUCCCCAAGGGAAAACCUUUGAGAAAAACCCCAGGGGCAACCUGGGCGCCAAGUUCCACAACCUGGGCGAGAAGGUCUUGCCCAACGAGCGGGGGGGGACAAGACCCCCGGGCCCGGGGGGAGCGCCUGAAGCAGUCGGCGAGGGUAAAGGGAAAACAUCCCCAAAGGGAAGGGCCCCGGGGCCCCAGGAGACCUUCCGCAUAAAAGCGAAGAAGGAGAGAGCCGUCGCCGAGGGCCAGGAGGGCGCCGAGGCCGGAGCCGAGGCGCCGGCCGAGCUCCGCGGUGACGCCCCGGCCGAGGAGAAGCCGCUGGCCUACACCGAGGUCGCCAUGGAAUCCAAGAGAGAAGGGGCCCGGUGGGGGAACCCGGCCCCCAAACCGGUAAAAGGGACUAGAUCAGGGAAGUGGGCCCGGGAAAGUAGAUGGAAAGUGAAAAAAAAGAGGGGGGUGGGGGGGGGGGGGCGGGGGGGGAGAGUCGUAAUGCCGAGAGGGGGGGAGGGUCUGUGUUUUGGUGACUUUGGACGGACUUUUUUUAUUUUUUUCGCUAGGUUUUAGCCCAAACGGGGGAGAAUCGGUUUUUUACCCCAAAAAAAACUGACCCAAAAGGGUUUUUUUUACAAAUCUUUUCAGGGUUUGGGUUUCAAAGUCACUCUGUCAGAUCUGUUAAAUCUUUCCCCACAAAAAUCGCACGCAUGAAUUUUAAUUUUAAAUGCACUAAAGAAACGGGAAAGUUUUAAAAAUUUGGAUGACUGCGAGCCCAAAGAUUUGGGGCAUUUUUAAAGCGGGGUUUUUGUUUUGGGGAAAGGUCCCCCACGGGGGGACCCCAGAGGCUUGGAGGCAAAGGGUUUGAAAAGGUUUGAUGACUUUUGAUUGAAUUUUGGGGAAUUGAUUUUUUAUCGGGAGGUA